UCGGAGUGAGGCUACCGUCUCCCUAUUGCUUGUACUGUACAGUAUAUGUAGUCGCCAUGCUGUAUAUAGUAGGUACAUGAUAGGUCAGGCUCUCAGAGUGUAUCGAUUCCCGAGCAUCGUUCAAGAACUCCUCUCGAUAGAGGAUAGCAAACGGCGUUGUCACAGAUUUUCUAGUCGACCUCAAGCAAAGAGGCGCUUCCCAACGUUGCUAUGACUGGAUCACCAUCAGCGGACCCUGCCCCUGUGAAGAAUGUCGUUUUCAUAGGAGGAUCCUUCGUCGCUAUUUCGGCGGUGAUGAAAAUGCGGACUGCGCCAUUGCCGCCCGGGUACCGCAUAGUCGUCGUAGAACCGCACAACCACGCGCACUACAUGUUUGGUUUUCCACGGGCGGCGGUCAUCUCAGGGUUUGAACGAGAGCUCUUCGUGCCUUACGACAACCUAUUCGCCACUCCAGAGACAGGUGUCGUUGUGCACGCGAAAGCGAUCUCCAUAACCCGCACCGAAGUGAAGCUGGACCGCGCAGUAGAAGGGUUUGGGGACUCUAUCACCUUCGACUACAUGGUGUACUGCACGGGUGCGCGACAUCCAUCGCCCGGAAAUCUGAACGAUUCCCACACGAAGGCCGAAGGCAUCGCUGUGCUGAAAUCCUAUCAAAUGCGCAUCGCUAAUGCGAAGAAGAUAGUAAUCGCUGGCGCGGGAGCGGUCGGACUGGAACUCGCGGCGGAGAUCAAGGAGCACUAUCCGGAGAAGACCGUAACGAUAGUGCAUUCCAGAGAUCGUUAUAUGAUGGGAUACAAGAUGGGCAUUCAUAGCAAGUCGUAUGGGAUCUUGAAGGAACUGGGAGUUCAUCAGAUCUUGGGAGAUCGGUUGAUCAUCCCGGACUCAGGCGUAGAAGACGGCGUAUUGUGUACCUUGAGAACGAAACUUGGCAAGGAGAUUGAAUGCGACCUGUUGAUUCCAUGUACAGGCAUGACGCCCAACAGCGAUGUCCUUGCGACGCUUUCCCCGGCCGUCAUCAAUCCCGCGAACAAUCUGGUCAGAAUCAAACAAACUCUCCAAAUAGAUGAUGAUGCGUAUCCGAAUAUCUUUGCUGGAGGAGAUGUUGUCGACUCGGCGGAUAUCAAGACAGGGCUGUCAGCAUUCUGGCAUGCGGAUACGAUCGUGCAGGUGAAUAAGCCCUUUAUGAAACCCUCUAUGUGGUUAGUUUUUGACCUAACCCGAAUCGGGCUCUCCAGAACCUCAUCAAGAUGACCAAAGGGGAGGAGGACCUGGUCGUGCGGAAAUUGGUUGUACCGCAGAUCUUUUUAUAUUUCGGAACGGUGGGUGAUUGCGUCGCAUCUUGUAGUCGGGCACCGAUUGACAUGUAACGUGUCCACUAGAAACGAGGCAUCGGCCAGCUCUAUAUGUUCGGUUGGCUGUUCACCGUCGGGACGUGGUUAUGCAAGCGAUUCUUCACUUACAAUGUCGGCGCGGCAAGAGCUUGGGAGUGGGU